AUGAUUCUAGGACAAGGAGGUAAAGAGACUGCCACAUACGAAGAUCUCAAAGCCUCAGAUGAGGCGCAUCAAAUGCACGGCUUUGGUCAUCCCCUCAUGCAAAAAGGACCAAGACAGCUCGUCGUCUUCGAAUCGGGUGAUGGAGCUGUUCUGAAAGAUGUCAUGGGAAAAGAAUACCUGGAUGCCAUGGGGGGCAUUACUGUUGCCCAUCUUGGUCACGGCCGCAAGGAUCUCGCGCAAGUUGCUUUUGAGCAGAUGACGAAGCUGGAAGUCUCUUCCAACCAGCGAAAUCUGACCAACAAAAAUGCCGUGAAACUCUGCGAGCGCCUUUCCGGCCUUGCAGCUCAAGCUUUUCCAGAGAAAAUAACUGGCUCCCGCGUGUACCUCACUACUGGCGGCGGCGAGGGCAUAGAAGCUGCGUAUCAUCUUGCUUUGCGCUACUGGAAUAAAUCUGGGCCUCUAGGUACUAGCUAUGGCGGAGGCUACAAGAAGCAGAAACUCAUUUCUUUCCGCAAUUGCUACCAUGGCAGUACGUUUGUCUCUGCGUCCAUGAAACCCGAGUUCUCCGACUACGGGUGGAAGAGGUGGAUGGAGGGCCAUGAGCGUGAUGUGUAUGAGAGCAGCUCGCAUAGGAUGUUUUGCAAUAUCGAUCCUCCACAUGAGUUGUUCUUUGAAAGGAGCAAGUUGAAGCACGGAGAGAGUGUCGGGCAGGCGGCUGGCGACGAUGGCGCUGUCGACAUGCACCGCGACUUCUUCCCACUUGCGGAGUGGAUUUGCAGAAAGUACGGCAUCUUGAUGAUUGCAGAUGAAAUCAUGUCAUUUGCCAAGAUGGGGCACUGGUUCGGUAUGGAGUUGUACGGCAUGUACCCAGAUAUCAUGGUCAUCAGCAAGGGUCUUAUAUGCGGCUAUCUCCCUGCUGGAGCCGUGAUUUACCGCAACGACAUUUGGAAAACAGCGUUCAAUAAUAUCAGUACUAAGAUGAUGCUAUCGGAUGUCUGGCAGUACGACUAUACUUGGUCAGGUCAUCCAGUCUGCUCUGCCGUCGCUCUCCGCGCACUCGACAUUAUCGACCAGGAGAACUUGAUUGAGAUAUGUGCGAAGCGCGGCAGGGAGUUUCUCGAUAUCCUCAAGUCAGAGCUCGAGGGGUUGCAUACGGUUCAGCAAGUCCGUGGAACUGGUAUCAUGAUUGGGAUCGAUCUCAUUUCUGACAUCGCAACGGAUAUCGAGCAAAAGGUGCUUCUAGAAUACGGUAUCGUGUUAAGGGCGAGUACAAACAAGCAUUGCCUGCUUUUGACUCCACCUUAUUCUAUGACGGAUGAGCAAUUUAAGAAAGUUGCGGAGUCGCUGAGGAAGGUUUUGAGAAGUUUUGCUACACUAGGCGAGAGCGCGAUAAGCAAGAGCCGCCAAAACUGA